AUGAAUGAAUGCUUGAAAGUACAAAAACCAGAUAAUAAAUGCAUGAAAUAUGCAAUUAUAUCGCACAAUAUUGAUUUUGUUACAUUUUUGAUGAAUGAACACAACAUAGAAAUUGAUUUAGAAUUAUGCUCUAAAUACAAUAAUCUUCAAUCAUUUUUAAUUUAUUUGGAUCAAACACAUGACAUCAACACAUGUUUUGUUUAUUCUUCGAAUUUCUAUCUUUCAUCACUUUCAGAAUAUUUUAUUUCGAAUGGUGCAGAUAUCAAUUCUAAAGACAGAUAUAGAUCUACCCCUCUUCAUUAUACAGUCAGGAAUAAUAAAAAAGAAAUGGCAGAAAUUCUUAAUUCAAAGGGUGCAGAUAUCAAUGCUAAAGACAUAGAUGGAUGGACCCCUCUUCAUUAUGCAACCAGUUUUAAUAGCAAAGAAAUGGCAGAAUUUCUUAUUUUAAAUAGUGCAGAUAUUUAUGCUAAAAACAAAAUUUUUAUACCCCGUUAUUCUUAG